GGCGAGGGCGGUGUGGAGACGGCGCCAAAACGUCUUCCCGGAACACUCCGGGGACCAAACGUACCCCGGACCUGACGUCGUUUGCCUGAUGCUGCUACAUUUCGAGACAAUGGCUACCCAACAGGGACACGUUGUAAUUAGUGUUUAGUGAGAGCUCYGUUAGUGGUUUUUAACCAAUUUCGGACCCUCGACAAUAAACAACGCACAAAAAUAAUAUGGGGGGCGGCUGGAAUGUACAACAUGAUCAGUUUGGGGUUCCGGUCAAAAAAGGCAGCGAAGGGGCAGAUGACGUCAGCUCACCGGAAAGUAUGCCGGAUUAUGAUCCACCUCCUUUGAGACACAUCGACAAGUACAUCCGGCCUGAAUGUCCGUGUCUAUCCAAAAGAGCCACUGUUGCGCUUUUUAGUUGUUUAGGUUUUAUUAUUAUGUUCGGAAUGAGGACCAGCAUGGGGGUCGUCAAACUUCAGUUUCCGAAUGAGACCUCGACUGCUGGAGUGGACUCUGCAAUUUUCUGGGGUUACUUCAUCACCCAAAUACCGGGAGGUCUAAUUGCUGCGGCUUACCCAGCAAACAAGCUUUUUGGCUUAGCUAUUGGCACAUCAUCAUUUCUGAAUUUAUUUCUUCCCUCAAUUUACUUUCAUUCAAAUAUGCUCAUUAUCGUUAAGGUGAUGCAAGGUUUAGUGGAGGGGGUCACAUAUCCAGCCUGUCACGGUAUUAUGCGAUUCUGGGCGCCUCCUCUUGAACGUUCCCGUUUAGCAACUUUAGCAUUUAGCGGCUGUUAUGCAGGAGUGAUGUUUUCGAUGCCUAUAUCAAGUGAAUUAGUGAAACGUUUAGGUCCCUUAUCUCCCUUUUAUUUCUAUGGAAUUUUUGGAUUAAUAUGGUACUUGUCAUGGCUGUGGUUGGUGUUUGAAAAACCCUCGUACCACCCAGCUAUCGAUCCAAAAGAACUCUACUACAUAGAAAAUUCUUUAGGGAGCACUAAUCAAAAUUAUGUCACACCCAACAUCUCCAACACUCCCUGGAAGACGUUUUUUACUUCGCUGCCUUGUUAUGCUAUAUUUGUAGCAAAUUUUUGCAGAUCUUGGAAUUUUUAUCUGUUAGUUCUGUUCCAAGUCAUGUACUUUAAGGAUGCUUAUGGAGUCGACAUCGAAGAGAAUGGCUUCAUGGGGGCUCUCCCGCAUUUACUAAUGACAAUAAUCGUCCCCGGUGGAGGCAUUCUCGCUGAUCGUCUUCGAAGAAAAGGAAUUCUAAACACCACCCAAGUGAGAAAACUCUUUAAUUGUGGUGGUUUUGGCAUGGAGGCCACUUUCUUUCUAAUUAUGGCCUACUCGGAUACAGUUAUGCAGGGUAUGACAGCGCUGACGAUCGGCGUAGCCUUUAGUGGUUUUGCCAUUUCUGGAUUCAACGUUAACCAUUUGGACAUAGCACCACGAUAUGCUAGUAUCCUAAUGGGCAUUUCGAACGGAAUUGGCACCAUCGCUGGGUGUAUUUGUCCCUACGUCGUUCAUUUAGUCAUCGACGGAAAUCGGACCCGCGAGCAAUGGCGAUACGUCUUCAUCCUCUCUGCUAUGAUCCACUACGCAGGCAUCAUCUUUUACGCAUUUUUUGCUUCUGGUGAGCUUCAAGAUUGGGCCGAUCCACGUGCCGAGGAAGAGAAGCAGUGGAAUCAAAUGAAUGAAGCAGUUCCGGUGAAAGCUCCGAAUCAAAAUAAUGGUUUGCUGCAACGCCAGUUGAGUGGCAAAAAUAACUAUGGAUCUGUGGAUAAACCGUCACCACCAAGACCCCAACCACCCCAACAACAACCGCCGCCGUCGGUGCCGUUUGUACCUAGCGGAAAUCCCUUUUUAUCGGGGAGUAAUCCAUUCAGACAGGAACAGGUACAACCAGAAGCUCAGGAUACUUAUAUGCACGGUACCGUUUUUGAUCGCACUUAUUAAAUUUAGAAAGUAGAUUGGAGAAUGCGACCGACGAUACUUUUUUAAUAAUUUUAUUCGUGAUUAAAAAAUUUUCCUACGAGCCUAACAGAAAGUAAGUUUUUCCAUCCGAAUUUCCGAAAGGAAAGUUGCCAAUUACCUCCCCGGAAGGUAAAAAUUACCCCCCCCCCUCAUCUGUUAUAAUUAAAUUAAAAAUGUAUGUAACCUCUCAGGCAGGUAAAAAUUUUGGGCAGGACCGGAUUGCGGCAAUGGUCAAAUUAAUAAUCCUUGGUCAAAAGAGUCUCAAAAAAGAUGACGACCGCAUUACGGCGGUAGAAAACGCACGUAGCAGGAUUUUCAAUAUUUAAAAUUUUUGCAAAAACGUUUAAAUUUAAUAUAAAACUCAUCAAAUGGUUCGUCGAAAUUAGAGGUCAAAAAAUCAUUUAAAAUAAUGAUCUAAUUUUGCACAACACUAUACAAAAAAUCUGAUUAUCUUGACUAAUAAUUGAACAAGUUUGUUAAAAUUUUUAAUAAAUCUUGUCUUAGGCACUUUUAUCUUUUCUGUAGGAAAACUUUAUUAGCAAUAUUUUUUUUUAAUUACAAAUUACAACCGCAGUCCGGUCAUGAAUUUUUAGAAGCGAUAUGACACACCGAAAAUUUUACUUCCCUCAUAGAAACGGAAAACAUGCUGCUAAAUUUAAUAGCAAAACUGGAAUAUCAAGAAAAAUUGUUAUUUUUGAAAGUUUUCUUGUUGGAUCGUAGGAAAAAUUAUAUGUAUUACACUGGAGAAAAGUGUCUUUUCCUCCCUGAGUGGUCACUGCCCUCGACAAGUCURGGGCAGUAACUUUCACCUGCGAAAGGAAAAGAUACAUUUUCCUCUUUUGUAAUACAAGUAACAAUUAUUUCAACAAAAUACUAAAUAUGAAAUAAACAAACAGGUAAUAAAAAUUAUUUCUUAUUUUGUACUUACCUACAAUUUAUGAUUGACAGUUAUUUAACAAUUAAAAAGGUGUCGUAGGGAAAUUUAGUAAUAGAAUAAAAACCAUUGUAUAGAAAGCUACCACACAAUUGAAGCAUGUAACUUGAAAUUUUGAAAUGACUUUUUGGAAAAUAUUUUGUAAAAUAACUGCAAUUGUUAGAUGAAGCACUUUUUUUAACAAACUGACCUACUUAUAGGUAGAUAGAAAAAAAAUUGUCAAUUUGU